AAAUAAUAAUUAGUUGAGUUGAGAAUUGAGGUUCACUUGCCCUACUUUUCCAGAAUUGAGUGUCUCUGAAAUUGGGAGUUUUGUCCGGUGAAUUUGAAACUAAAGGCAUCAUUCAUCAGUUUUGUCCGGUGAAUUGGAGUUGUAAGCUGCCCUUUUCCUAUCUCUCUCUCGCACUCUCUUUUCUACUGCUGCCGAUGCUUGUUUCACCUUCACACCAAAACCCUAGUCCUUCUUUUUCAUAGAGCGAAUUUCUGGCAGCUGAAGCCCGAAAAACGUGUGAACUGACGAGCUUUCCCAUAGAAAUAGAAAAUGUUGUUUUUCUCAUACUUCAAGGACAUGGUGGGCAGAGAAGUGACAGUGGAACUGAAGAAUGAUUUGGCUAUCCGAGGUACACUCCAUUCAGUCGAUCAGUAUCUCAACAUUAAGCUCGAAAACACAAGGGUCGUUGAUGAAGACAAGUACCCUCACAUGCGUUCGGUGAGGAACUGCUUCAUCAGAGGAUCAGUGGUGAGAUACGUCCAGUUACCUCCAGACGGAGUCGACAUAGAGCUGCUUCAUGAUGCUACGAGGAGAGAAGCUCGUGGUGGCUAAAAGCCUAAAAUUUGAGACCUUCAAAAGCGGAUGUACUUUUAAACUUUUGAGUGGGUCAAUCAGCAUGUACUGAUUUGUUUUGUUAAAUGUAAUUUUAGAUGCUAUUGCAUGCAGUGCUUUGUAUUCCUGCUGUUACUCCUCUCCAUUUCAACCUAACUGUGUGGUGAAGCCUUGGAUAUGAAUGUCUGGGACUCAUAUUCCCUUGCCUACUGCUCGUAGAAGAGAGAGAAAUUUAUUUUAGAAAAAGUUGUACAAUGAAUGGUACACUUGGAUUUUUUAGUUUUUAAAAGUGCA